AUGCAGGGAGUCUGCAGACAAGGUUGUUCUACACACAGGAAAAUACGAAGAGCUGAUUGUGUGCUCACACGAGAUUGCAGCGAGUACAGCGCAGCUCGUUGCUGCUUCGAAGGUUAAGGCUGACCUUCAUAGCAAAAAACUCACUAAGCUCCAGCAGGCAUCUCGCCAUGUCAAUGAUAUGGCUGCCAAUGUGGUGGCCUCAACCAAAUCUGGACAGGAACAGAUUGCAGACAAGGACACGAUGGAUUUCUCUGGCAUAUCCCUGAUUAAACUCCGGAAGGAAGAGAUGGAGUCCCAGGUGAAGGUUUUGGAGCUAGAGACCCAGCUUCAGGGCGAGAGGAUGCGUCUUGGUGAUCUGAGGAAGAAGCACUAUGAGUUGGCUGGAGGGUGUGAUUUUUCCCCUGAGGAGGCAGUCCUGGUCAAGGGAGCCCCAGCAUCUUUGAUGGCAAAUAAACCCAGCAUCCUUAAGAAACCCCCACUGGCUCAGAAACCUACCAUGCCCCCCAAGAACAAUCAGUUAAAUAUCGAUGACGGACUCUACAAAGCACAUUUUAGGCAUUAGAAGAAUCGAAGCGGAGAGAACGGUGCUGAAUUAAAGAAGCUGGUUCUGUUGUGCCACUCUGCAGGAUGCUCGCUCCUCUCACUCUCGCCAGCGCUCCGGUCUCGUCGGCCCUUCAUAAAGAAACACCCAACAGGGCAGCAAUGGACACUUUUUUAAUUUUGUUGUCCAAUUAAAAACUACUCUGCUUUUGA